AAGGGGCCCUGUUAGUCAACAAUAGGGGAAAAGACAGAGACAAUGGGAAAUUGUGCUUCCGAUGGGGUGGGGACUGAGAAGGAAAGGACAGACAGACAGACAGACAGGGGGGUUGUACAGAAGAGGUCCGGUUUCCUGAAGCAGCUGAAAGUCCUGGAUGGUUCCCACCUGAGAGUCCGUUUGCAAAGGCAAUGUGCAGUCAGGCACCAGAGGGCAGAGGUGCUCAAGUCCCAGGGUUUUAAGGUGCUUGGAACUCCCAGGAGCCUGGCAAAACCUUCAUCCAGAACCUCUUCCUCAAGCAAGACAAAAAGCUGCUAAGCACUGCUCCCUCCGUCUCUGUGAAGAGACCAGCUUCUAACAGACAGUGCUGGGCUGCCCCCCAUCAUGCCAGGUGGGCCCACCCUCCCCACACUCUGCUGCUUCCUUCUUUGGGUCUUCACCAUCUUCCACAAAGGCCAAGGAGACCCAGCAUCCCACCCGGGCCCCCACUACCUCCUGCCCCCCAUCCACGAGGUCAUUCACUCUCAUCGUGGGGCCACGGCCACGCUGCCCUGUGUCCUGGGCACCACGCCUCCCAGCUAUAAGGUGCGCUGGAGCAAGGUGGAGCCUGGGGAGCUCCGGGAAACUCUGAUCCUCGUCACCAACGGACUGCACGCCCGGGGGUAUGGGCCCCUGGGAGGGCGCGCCAGGAUGCGGAGGGGGCAUCGGCUAGACGCCUCCCUGGUCAUCGCGGGCGUGCGCCUGGAGGACGAAGGCCGGUACCGCUGCGAGCUCAUCAACGGCAUCGAGGACGAGAGCGUGGCGCUGACCUUGAGCCUGGAGGGUGUGGUGUUUCCGUACCAACCCAGCCGGGGCCGGUACCAGUUCAAUUACUACGAGGCGAAGCAAGCGUGCGAGGAGCAGGACGGACGCCUGGCCACCUACUCCCAGCUCUACCAGGCUUGGACCGAGGGUCUGGACUGGUGUAACGCGGGCUGGCUGCUCGAGGGCUCCGUGCGCUACCCUGUGCUCACUGCGCGCGCCCCGUGCGGCGGCCGAGGCCGGCCCGGGAUCCGCAGCUACGGGCCCCGCGACCGGAUGCGCGACCGCUACGACGCCUUCUGCUUCACCUCCGCGCUGGCAGGUCAAGUGUUCUUCGUGCCCGGGCGGCUGACGCUGUCUGAAGCCCACGCGGCGUGCAGGCGACGAGGCGCCGUGGUGGCCAAGGUUGGGCACCUCUACGCCGCCUGGAAGUUCUCAGGGCUAGACCAGUGCGACGGCGGCUGGCUGGCUGACGGCAGUGUGCGCUUCCCAAUCAUCACGCCGCGGCCGCGCUGCGGGGGGCUCCCGGAUCCCGGAGUACGCAGCUUCGGCUUCCCCAGGCCCCAGCAGGCAGCCUAUGGGACCUACUGCUACGCCGAGAAUUAGGCGCCCACCGUGUCCCCUCCAGCGCGCGCGACGAAGCUUGGCAGUCGUGGCGGGGUUCUCUCGCCACCCCUUUCCGGAGAACCUCCCCUCCCUCUAGACCCGGAGCGGCCUCUCCAGACCUGUCUUCCCAGCUGGGGCCUGCGGGCCUCGGACCCUGGCUGGCCCGGCGGCGGGGAGGGGAAGCGGGGCGCCCCCAGCGGCGAGAUGCGGCGGUGACCCUCGGACCCGCUGCGGUUCCCGAGCCCCAGGAGAGGACUCAGCCACCGCAGAGGGGAGGGAGAGGCGGCCGGGGGCAUUAACUGACCUCUGAGUACAGCAAUAAAAUAACCUGGGGAUCUUU